AUGCCUUCAGUGAGAAGUACCUUCGGCGAGAAGAGUCGGCGACAAGAGUCUUUGGUGAGAAAUGUCUCUGGCGAGAAGAGCGUGGGUGAGAUGCAACUAGGCACGCUGGAAGCUUACAUCGCUCUGGUGCAUAUUGUAUAUCCUGGGUUUGAUACCGAGGGCAUCGAAAGGGUUAUGCUAUGGGCUGUUGCUCGCAGAGCCCUGACCAAAUAA